GAAAACUCGCGAGAGCCCAUAGGGAGUAACGGUACUUCAUCAUGGCAGGCAAGUUGGUGUUAGAGGGGAAAAUAAGUAUUAUAAGCUUUCUUUUAGGACUGGGUGUUGUUAUAAUUCCCCUUAUUAGAACAUUCGCUGGACAUCUUGACUGGGUAUUCGACUAUCUCACUGGAGUGAGGGGGAAAAUAGCUAUUGCUGUGUACAUCGCUGUUAUCAAUGGCUUCUUGCUUAUCAUAUACAAGGGACCUCUAUAUAAGGUUGCUGUGCGAGCCUGCUUCCUUGGCUUUACUUUUGGGUGUGGCUUGAUCAUAAGCUUUUCCCAAACCACAUGGACACACUUUGGCUGGUACAUGUGCUCCUUGUCUUUCUUCCACUACUCCGAGUACCUGGUGACAGCCAUCAUUAACCCCCGCAGCCUGUCUCUGGACUCAUUCCUUCUCAACCACAGUGUGGAGUACACCGUGGCUGCUGUGUCCUCAUGGGUGGAGUUCACCAUAGAGAAGCUCACUGUCCCAGAGCUGAAGCAGCUGAGCUGGCUCAGCCUGGUGGGCCUGGUGAUGGUGCUGUGUGGGGACUUCCUGCGUAAGUCUGCCAUGCUGACAGCCGGCUCCAACUUCAACCACAUCGUCCAGAACGAGAAGGCCCAGAGCCACGUGCUGGUCACGGAUGGGGUCUAUGCCUUCUUCAGACACCCCUCCUACGUGGGAUGGUUCUACUGGAGCAUUGGCACACAGGUGAUGCUGUGCAACCCUGUCUGCAUCGCGGGCUACACCAUGGCAAGCUGGCGCUUCUUCCGUGAACGGAUUGAGGAGGAGGAGCUUUCUCUCAUCCAUUUCUUUGCAGAGGACUACCUGGCGUACAAAAAGAAGGUGGGCACCGGCCUGCCGUUUAUUUCAGGCAUCCGCAUCAACAGCUCCUAGGUGUGAGAGAUGGAGUCCUGGAUGUAUGAAAAUUGCAGGCAGACAGACAGGCACUGUGAGGGGCAGCCCUGGUCAGCGUGUGGAUUAGGUCCUGUGGUUGCCCACCCUGGGGUGCUUAGAGCUCACAGAGACUGACACCUAUGAGUGUUGUGAAGGGCUCCCAUCCCCAUACCACCCCCAAGGCCUGGGUCGACUCUCAAAAAGAAAUCACACCCCCCCGCCCAUAUAUUCAACCACCUCUGUUUUCUCUUUUGUUUGGUUAAAUUAACUACUAGAGACUUGAGUUUGUAUUUUUCUUUAAUCUCCAAUGUUCUGAUGAAGGCUCCCUUUUCUGUUUUUUCCUUAGAGAGGAGUUGAGUAUCUUAAGGCCAGGCACCACACCCUAAUAGGGUAUCCCCCCCCCCCCCCACACUUAAUCAUAUUACAAUCACUUUUACCAGUUGAGUGUGGACACUAUAAUAUUUUUGUCUUUUUUUCUGAAAAAUUGUAUACAAAUCUGCAAAUUAGCUUAUACCAUUAAAUAUUUGCAUAUAACACAAACCAAUUUUUCUGGACACUGGAUGAAGUAAAAAUCUACCUAAAUAUUUUGGUUUUUAUUUUGUUAAGACAUUCUAGGACUGAAUUUACAUACACAUCUGAUUGUGUCAUAAACAUAUCAACAAUUCCCAAUGUAUAAGUCUGGAGAAUACAUCUAAAGAUAACCACAGAAAAUAAGUUGGCAUUUGGGAAGAGUGUGAUUUUUCAGGAAAUGGCAGUAAGACAAGGACUGAAUUAAGACUACCUUACACCCAAUCACCAUAUCUUCAAAGUAACAUUCUCUAAGAAAUGGACUUUUAAGCGAUGUGUGAUUUCAAUGUAGUGAGCGUUCAAAUUAUGAAUGUAUGUCCAUUUAAAAGUGGUUACAGUUCAUGACACUGAUGUUAGUAUGAUAAACUAAAACAAAUAUUUUUAUAAACCUUUUGGAUAUUUUUUACUUAAAAAAAAUACUAAUAUUAAUUGACAAAUACCCCCCUCCCCCAAAACUCUAAAUUGCUAGGUUUGUGCAACAUUUUAGCCUGUGGUGCCUGGCCUUAAGUGGAUGCUGAAUUGAUUUUAGCUUUGGUUACUGAGUCAGAAGUGCUGUAAUGAGCCUGGUUGAGUUUCUUCUAUUCCUUGUUUGUCUGUCAUAUCACAGAGUCAUCAUUAUUAGGCCUCAGCGUUGACAUCAGAAUGGUUUUACACAAUAUUAGGGAUGCACACAGGGAUCUAAAGUGUGACCCAAUUUGGUUGCAUAUGCAGCAAAAUAUUUUGCUGUGCGAACUGCAGUUAUAAUUUGGGAGUACCGGUAUGGAAAGAAAGUACAUUUUUAUAACAAUUAGUUGUAAUGGUAAGGCUUCGCUGUACAGUUGUUUCCUGGGUGCAGAUUCGUUAGUGUCAUGCUUGCACAGCAAAAAUCGCUUGUUUCUAAUACAAACAGUUUUAAAAAAUCUGACCCAUAUCAGAGAUACUUUUGAGAUGGGGAAACCCCAUUGGAAUUGUAUUGUCGCCCAUGCGGCUUCAAUGGGGCCGCACGGUGCAUGCUGGGUCAUUCUGGGACAAGGACAUUUCUAACAUUUCAGGUUGUGCACUUAAUGUUUUAAAGUUUGGAGCACCAGUUUGACCCAUUAUUUAUUUUUUAUGUAGAGCCCUGGAUGCUAAAUUUAUCAGCCCUCAUACAUGCAUUACAUGAACAAAAGUAUGUGGACACCUGCUUGUUGAACAUCUCAUUCAAAAUCAUGAGCAUUAAUAUGGACUUGGUGUCUCCCUUUGCUGCUAUAACAGCAUCCACUCUUCUGGAAAAGCUUUCCACUAGAUGCUGGAACAUUGCUGUGGGGACUUGCUUCCAUUCAGCCACAAAAGCAUUAGUGAGGUCGGGCUAUUAAGCCUGGAUUGCAGUCGGCGUUCCAAUUAAUCCCAAACGUGUUCAAUGGGGUUGAGGUCAGGGCUCUGCAGGCCAGUCAAGUUCUUGCAUACUGAUCCCCACAAACCACUUCUAUAUGGACCUUGCUUUGUGCAUUGGGGCGUAGUCAUUCUGAAACAGGAAAGGGCCUUCCCCAAACUGUUGCCACAAAGUACAGAAUUGUCUAGAAUGUCAUUGUUAUGUUUGCUGUAGCGUUAAGAUCUCCCUUCAGGGGAAAGGGGCCUUGCCCGAACCAUUAUUCCUCCUCCGCCAAACUUUACAGUUGGCACUAUGCAUUGGGGCAGGUAGCGUUCUCCUGGCAUCCGCCAAUCCCAGAUUUGGAUUUCGGACUGCCAGAUGGUGAAGCAUGAUUCAUCAUUACACCACUCCAGCUGACACUUGGCAUUGUGCAUGGUGGCCUUAGGCUUGUCUGCGGCUACUCAGCCAUUGAAACCCAUUUCAUGAUUCUCCCGACGAACAGUUAUUGUGCUGACGUUGCUUCCAGAGGCAGUUUGGAACUCGGUAGUGAGUGUUGCAACCCGAGAAACAGGCCAUUUAAAAAAUAUAUAAAAAAAUGUAUGUGCAAUGCGAUUCAGUACUCAGCGGUCCCUUUCUGUGAGCUUGUGUGGCCUACCACUUCGCGGUUGAGCCAUUGUUGCUCCUAGACAUUUCCACUAUACAAUAACAGCACUUUAUUGUUUACCGGGAUACCUCUAGCGGGGCAGAAAUUUUAUGAACUGACUUGUAAAGGUGGCAUCCUAUGAUGGUGCCACAUUGAAAGUCACUGUGCUCUUCAGUAAGGCCAUUCUACUGCCAAUAUUUGUCUAUGGAGAUUGCAUGGCUGUGUGCUCGAUUUAAAAAAAAUAUAUAUAUAUAUAUAUAUAUAUAUAUAUAUAUUUAAACUGUCCGCAACGGGUGUAGCUGAAUCCACUAAUUUGAAGAGGUGUCCACAUACACACACACACACAUACACGUGUGUGUGUGUUCUGUCCCAGUAAGAAACAUUUAUUUCUGAGUGACUUUGUUAUACAUUUACAAAAAUGCCCGAAAGUUACAGAAAUGGGGUCCCUUGCAACAUGGUCUUUUCCCCUUAAGUUAUGUCGCUCUUUCAUAAAUGAUAAGAAAAAGGCCUUUUGAUGAAUGUCAAAGUUAUUAAAAUGAUGUAUGCUAUGAAAAUGUAUUGGUUUUAGGUAUCAGCCCAGACUUUCAAUAUUGAUUUAUCCUUACACAAAAUAAUGAUUUAUUUUAAAUUCACAUCCCAUGUCCACUCAGGAUCAAAAGGCUGCACAAUCACUAAUAUUUUGCUAAUUUGACAACCUGGGCAAGUUGCACCCUGGUUCUCUGAUUCUUCCAAUCGGUACAGCGUAUCAAGUCAGAAAUGUCUACUUUGUGAAUUAUGAAAACAUAAUGAACACUGACAAUCCAUUCACUGUUCUAUUCCAGUGUGCUGUAAGUUUUAACAUUGUUCUUUGGUAUAUAAACUAUGAAUCAGGGGUGUUGUUUCUUCCAUAAGGUUUUAACUAUAGGGGCACCCACAUGGUACAGUCAUCUUUAAAAUGCACUCAAGACUGUUUCUCUUUCAACCACCACUUGAUCAUCACUCCACCUGUUAUUCAUUUGUAUUGAAACCAACCAAUAGAUGCAUUCCUAUGGCUAAGGGGUUCAGAGGAAAGGUCGUCUCCUUUGCGAUAAGCUCAACCCAGCACUGCUUCCUCCUGAACUACCGCUUGUCUCAGGUGAAAGGUUGCCUCUGCCCUCUACUCUGUAUGCCCAGACUGUAUGGAGUGUGUGUGUGUGUGAUUGAAAGAGAAUUCCUGAAAUUAGAACAGUCGAGCACUGUAACUGUAUGUUGCACAAGACAAGUGUGUGUGUGUGUUUAGAGUUUCUGAAAUGAGGACAGUCGAGCACUGUAAAAGUAAUGUGUAUUAGAUUAAUAAAGAUGAGAAGAUUAUCUGUAGAUUCAAUAAUAUAAGAGCACAUUGUUGGCUGCAGACGUACAACUGUUUACUGCUCCAAGCAUGAUCCAGCUGAGCUGAACAUGGAAAAAGCCAGUUGUUGCACUACAGUAUAACUAUACUACAGUUUAUUACAGGUAAUGUAAAUGUAUCAUGCAGAGAGAAUAUUUCUCUCUCUUGGCUGAUUACUUUUAUUCACUUGACUGAAAUGUUCUGAAUUGAUUGAACAACUUUGUCCUGUGAAACAAAAUAAAAUUUAUCCUAAGAAAA